AUGUCACUUUAUAUGCAAUUAACCUCUCUCUUGUUACCAGUCUUUUCGUCUUUUCUUAUCCUUAUUCUGUUAUAUGUGAUCAAUUUUUAUGUCACUUACAUUACCCGUGAGAACCCGCUUCCUGGUCCUAUUCCUCUUCCUAUUGCUGGUAACCUCCAUCAGAUGAAAAAUUCAUCUAAAUUUUACGCUGCCAUGCACAAACGAUAUGGCGACGUCUUUGAAUUUUAUAUUGCCAAUAAGCGUUUUAUAAUGCUGAACCGGGUUGAUCUAGCAGAAAAAGUUCUUACGCAGUCGGUUAAAUCUAACUAUUUUAUCAGAGCUGCAUCAGAGAGUCAAGGAUGGGAGGAAUUGGGCUUAACAAAGAAGGGCUUGAUCGGGAACAAGGAACGAAAUAGCUGGUUAUUGAAUAGGAGGUUGUUGAACCAUUGCCUAACUUCGACCAAAUACAUCAAAGAAAUUGUUACUGUUGUGCAGACAUUGUUUUCAGAAGCAGAAGAAUAUUGGAAGGAGCUUGGUGAUAGUACUUCUUUAGAAUUCACCGAAUGGAUACACUGUCUCAAUGUAGAUACGCAAGUACGAAUAGUUACUAGUCAAAGAACUUACGCUCUCUCUACAUACUUCAACUCUCUGCUUGCUCCGCACCUCAAAAAAUCUCUCCCUCAAUCAUCCAUCCAAUCGUAUUCUAAAUUCGUGUCUCAUAUUCUCUUCUUUAAUCAAGUCGGCAAAUAUUUUUACUUUAUUUCACCGUUCUUAAGACACUAUGUCCCAGGCUUUAGACAGAUUGCGGAACGGAUGAAGAGGAGGAUUGGUUGGCUUACAGAGGAGAUGAAAAAGAUUGUGAAUGAAAGGAAGAGAGAGAUUGAAAACAUGAGCGAGAAGGAAGAGUUGAAAGUCGAUUUGUUAUCUUUGAUGUUGACUAUAAAUACAGAAAAAGAUACGAACAGGAUCAAGUCAAGUGAGUUUGAAAGACCGUUAACUGAAGAAGAAAUAGUUCAAUUACUUAUUGAAGUGUUUUCGGGUGGGAUCGACACAAUAACAAACGCCAUCUGCUUCACGAUUUAUUACACCUGUAAAUACCCAGCCGUCAAAGCUCGCCUGCUUUCCGAAAUCGAUGCUACGGUUUCCUCCAAAGGCCACAGCCUUUCUUAUGACUCUAUUGUCACGCUCUUCCCAUACACCAGUGCGGUGAUGAAAGAGGCCGCUCGUGUGCUUACCGUAGCUCCAAUAGUGAUUCAACUAGCGUCUGAAGACGAUGAAGUUGCUGGGUACAAGUGGCGGGCCGGCACGCCAAUUGGAGUAAACUAUGGAAUCAUUCACAAGCACACGGCGUAUUGGAAAGAUCCCGAAACGUUUAGACCUGAGCGGUUUUUGGACGAAUGUACGGAUGAAAUAAAGCCAAAAACGUUCUUGCCUUUUGGUGGGACGUUUGAGGUUGAGUUGUGUGAACCAGAUAAAGAGAUAAAGUAUACUUAUUCAAUGACUAACCAAUGUACAGAGUUGAAGGUUUAUUUGAGAGCCAGAAAUAAUAAGGAAUAG